AUGGCCCACAAAAGAGCAAUUGAAGCUUUAGAUAGGACUCUUCAGGACAUCAGAAGUAACAGAAAACUUAUGGGUGGAGUCACGCUUUUAAUGGCUGGAGACUUCAGACAGACUUUGCCUGUUGUACCAAGAGGAACUCGAGCUGAUGAAGUAAAAACCUGUGUAAAGAGAUCAGUACUUUGGCCUAAAGUCCAAGUUUGUUCCUUGAAGAUCAAUAUGAGGGUUCAUCUUAAAGGCAGUUUAAAGGCAGGUGAGUUUUCAAGUUUACUUUUAGAGAUAGGUAAUGGAAAUUUGCCUGAAGAAAAUGGUGAGGUCAAUAUUCCAAAGGAUUUGUGUGAAGUAGUAUGUGAUUUGCAAAUAUUGUUUGAAAAGAUUUAUGUAGAUUUAAAAAAUUUCGAAUUAAAAGACUUGUCUUGGUUUAAACAAAGAGCUAUCCUUACACCAAAAGAUGACACUGCUAAAAGUACUAAUAACCUAUUAUUGGAAAAACUGCCAUCUGAGAUUGUCCAUUACCAAUCGGUGGACUCUGUGGUGGAAAUAGAAGAUGCGAUACACUACCCAGUAGAGUUCUUGCACACGCUUAAUCCUCCAGGCAUUCCACCACAUCAUCUUUACCUAAAAGAUGGAGCUCCAAUAAUGUUGCUUAGGAACCUGGUUCCACCUAAGCUCUGCAACGGAAGUAGGCUACAAAUCAAAGCGUUGCGCAGACACGUUAUACAAGCCAUAAUAUACACUGGAUGUGGCCAGGAGGAAGAGGUUUUUAUCCCACGCAUUCCCUUAAUUCCAUAG